CUCCCUCUCUCCCUCCCUCCCUCUCCACUCCUCCACCAGUCGGUCAGGUCUUCGCUCCGGUGGAUAGGCUUGAGAAGUGCACGGUGUGAAGCGUGUUGGAAUGCGACAGGAUUAUCAUCUGACCUUAACCCAGAGGAGGCGAAACCAGAGCAGACCGUCAGAUCCCACGUUUUCUGAUCCCUGCUGCACUACCAUGCCUGUGAGGCUACAAUGUCUACGCUGAAGCACGUUAUCCUUCAGGGCAAAGACGAGGACGUGGAGAAGACGCUGGACUGGAGUUACAUCGAUUGGUCCGAGAAUGAAGAUGUGGGCCCAGGUGUGGCAAACGCACAGACUCAAACGGACUGUGGGUCCUUCGAGCACAAGGAGAGCCAGACCAGCAACCCGGUCAUCAUGCACAUAGACCUCACACGGACACACUCCAGGCUCAGACAUUCCUCCCUGGUGGACACUGACAGUUUGGUGGCACCUUUGUUCCAGUUUGACCGGCAGGCCCCAGCACGCAUCUCCACCUCUCCCACCUUGAGGAGGAUGAGGAGCACCCGGCGUCCUCUGAUGGACUCUCGGGACCCUGUGAGGAUGGGGAGCACGGAGGAGGAGCCGCUCUCUGCCAGCACGCUAUCCCGACUCCACAGAGCCAAAUCUCCUCUGGCGGCAGGGACGCUCUCUGAUGGCGACCUCUCUCACGAUCACAAGCCCGUCUCAUCCUCAGGCCGACAGAGAACCAGAUCACAUAGAUCAAAGACGUUUGACAAUGGUAGCGCCUCCUUGAGACAGCAAUGUCACAGUGCUCUUCCUACUCUUGAGAAAGCCUUUGGAUUUCCAGAUGGGGAGGAACAGGAGAAAGACCACUGCUGUUCUCGGCUCCAGGAAAGGAGACGGAGUUCUGUGGUGGUCAGUUUGCCCGGAUUGGAUGUUUCCCCCGGAGAUCUUUUUGUAUCCAAUGGAGCAGCUGGAAGAUUAAGUAGUAUAAACUUUUCUGAUACAAAGAAGUCGAAGUGGCCGUUCUCGAGGCGUAGCACGACUAAAGGGAAGUCGCAGACAGGCACGGUGUCAGACAUCGAGAAUUAUCUCUCCACGGCACAGAUUCAAGACUGGAGAAACCCCGAGCUUCAGAAGUAUAAGGACUUCACUGUGGUGGAGUUCCUGCGGGACCAGUCUUCCGAGGUGAACACCACCUCGUGUCCUCAGGGCUCCAAGAGAGAACAGGCCAUAUGGGAGCUCUUCACUAGUGAGUGUGUCUACUUCCUGGAUCAGCUCAUGGUGCUCAAAGAGGUGUUUUCGGCUACACUCACAAACCUGCAGCUGAGGAACUCCCUGACUGACGUCGACACCUGGAGACUGUUUGCAAACCUCCAGGAGCUCUGCCUGGUGAGCUUCGGUUUCCUGACCAACCUCCUCCGCGUCAUAAAGGACACGUUGGAGAUUACCAAGGGUGGCGGGUCCACCCUGCUGGAGCUGCUGAGCAAGGCUUUCCAGGAGGGCAUAUGUCACAGUCUGCAGAAGUACUGCCUGAACUACUCCACGGCUCUGCUUUAUCUGGACAGUCUGAAGCACCGAGAGGACUUUGGAUCCUACGUGAAGUGGUGUGAGAGGAACGAGCAGUGCCGGCGGCUGCAGCUGCGUGACCUGUUGGUGGCGCCACUGCAGAGGCUGACUCGAUACCCGCUGCUGCUGCGGAACAUCGCCAAGAGGUGUGAGACGGAGGACGAGACCCGAGGCCUGCAGGCGAUAGCAGAGCAGGUGGACACGUCCAUAUGUGAUUUAGAGGGAAAGGUGAAAUGGCUGGAUAACUACCAGAAGGUGAAGCAGCUGCGGGACGCCCUGGUGUGGCUGCCUGUGUGGGAGAGAGACAAGCGCUCGUUCGUCCCUGAGAAUCUGAAACAUCUCCUGAAAACCGUCACGCUGGAGAAUCUCAUUUCUCACAGAAGUCUGCUGCACGAAGGGAAAGUGCUGCUCACAGAGAACACAAAGCCCAUCGAUGUUUACGUCUUCCUGUUCGAUGAGUUCCUGCUCAUCACAAAGAUAAAGAGAAACAAGAAGAGGCAGAUGGGUCCGGACCAGAAUCCUCUGAGGCUGCCGCAGAACCUGGAGCUGGACCAGCUGCUGAAGGAGGGAUGCACCUUCACCAUUCUGGACCAGCCCGUCUCCCUGGACCGACUCCAGCUCAAGAACAUCGAUCAGCUAAAUGCAUCAACAUCGGGGCUGCCUCACUCCUUCAUCAUCAUGCACCAGAACCGCUACCAGCAGUGCAUCGGGGCGUUCCUCCUGCAGGCGGCGUCCGAAUCUGCCAAGAAAGUGUGGAUGUCAAAGAUAGAGGGCGCUGUGAUGGCGCUGCUGAAGCUGGACUCUCAGCAGCCGCGAGUGAAGAGCGCCUCCCUGUGGCUGGAGUCUUCUCAGAUCUGACCCACUGAAGCCUCUCCACUGUCAACUGUGCACUUCACUGACCCCUGGACUCUUGUAAAUGACUGUAGUUGCACUAGGAUCCUUUUGUACUAAACCUAACGUUGGCCUUUAAAGGCGGCAGCUGCUGCAGUAGUGGACAAUAAAUACCUGAAGGUUG